AUGACUGCUGCCAAGAAGGGGGAGAAACAGCCCCAUACGGGAGCUGUGAACUCUCCCCUCAAGUCCAAUGCAGAGGCGAAAAAGUCUCCGUCGGAAUGGGAUUACUGGGUUGGUAUGACGGUGAUGACCGUGCUGGCUUUCAUCACGCGCUUCUGGAUGAUCUAUUACCCCGAUAGCGUUGUCUUUGAUGAGGUGCAUUUCGGAAAGUUUGCCUCGUACUAUCUGCAACGCACGUAUUUCUUCGAUGUUCACCCCCCCUUUGCCAAGCUCCUGUUCGCCUUCGUAGGCUGGCUGGUCGGCUACGAUGGCAGCUUUACGUUUGAGAACAUUGGAGAUUCCUACAUAACGAACAAAGUCCCCUACCUCGCAUACCGCGCUUUGCCUGCAACUCUGGGAUCCUUGACAAUUCCCGUUGUCUUUGACAUCAUGUGGGAAUCCGGCUAUGGCUUGCCGGCAUGUGUGUUGGCGUCCGGAUUGAUGGUGUUCGACAAUGCCCAUAUUGGCGAAGACCGCUUGAUUUUGUUGGAUGCUUGCUUGGUUCUGAGCGUAGCGCUGAGCAUACUCUGCUACGUCAAGUUCUAUAAGGAGCGCUACAACGAAUUCUCUCGCAAAUGGUGGAAAUGGCUUCUUCUGACCGGAAUCAGUUUGAGCUGCGUGAUUUCCACCAAGUACGUCGGUACCUUUACCUUUUUGACUAUCGGGUCGGCUGUGGCUAUUGACCUGUGGAAUCUGCUUGACAUCAAACGCCCCCGAGGCACCCUUUCCCUCUUCCAAUUCAGCCAUCACUUUGCAGCCCGCGCUUUUGCGCUUAUCAUCGUUCCGUUUUUCUUCUACCUUUUCUGGUUCCAGGUGCAUUUCGCCAUCUUGACCCGGUCUGGACCUGGUGACGACUUUAUGACUCCCGAAUUCCAAGCAACGCUCUCCGAUAACCCAAUGACUGCUAAUGCUGUCGAUCUCGAAUACUACGACAACAUUGUUAUCCGCCACAAGGAUACCAAGGUCUUACUUCACAGCCACUUUGACCACUACCCUCUUCGUUAUGACGAUGGACGGAUUUCCAGCCAGGGUCAACAGGUCACCGGCUAUCCAUACAACGACACCAACAACGAAUGGCAGAUCCUACCCGCUACCCCUUUCCCUGAAGGCAACAAGCUUGGCCACAAGGUCAAGAACGGAGACAUUAUUCAACUGCGCCAUAUUGUGACCAACUCAAUUCUCUUGACACACGAUGUUGCUUCGCCUCUUAUGGCUACAAAUCAAGAAUUCACGACUGUGACCCAGGAGGUGGCUGAUGGCGAGCGUCACGACGACACUUUGUUUACGAUCCAGGUUGAGAACGGGAAGCCUGGCCAGAAUUUCCGGUCCCUGUCCGGUCUAUUCAAAUUGAUCCACGUUCCUACGCGCGUAGCGUUGUGGACACACACCACGCCUCUUCCCGACUGGGGCUACAAGCAAGCAGAAAUCAAUGGCAACAAGAACAUCCUGCAGGCCAGUAACUUGUGGUAUGUGGAUGAGGUGACUUCGAUUCCCGAAGGCUCCCCGCGGUUGGUGAAGCAAGAGCGGAAAGUGGCACACCUAGGAUUCAUCCGCAAAUGGGCGGAAUUGCAGCGUGCCAUGUUCUUCCAUAACAACGCGCUUACAAGCGAGCAUCCAUACGCAAGCGAGCCGAUUCAAUGGCCUUUCCUGUUGCGCGGCGUUAGCUUCUGGACGGACAAUGAUACACAUGGCCAGAUCUACUUCUUGGGUAACCCCAUCGGGUGGUGGUUCGCCAGCAGUUUGCUGGCUGUGUUUGUUGGUAUCGUUGGCGCGGACCAACUGUCAUUGCGACGAGGCAUCGAUGCAAUUGAAGAGAUCUGGGGCCCCGGAACUCGCAGUCGAUUCUACAACAGCACUGGCUUCCUCUUCCUUUGCUGGGCACUCCACUACUUCCCCUUCUGGCUGAUGGGUCGUCAGCGUUUCCUGCACCACUAUCUACCAGCCCACCUCGUAUCGACUCUUGUCGCCGCCGCCCUGGUCGAAUUCAUCUUCACCCUCGACCCCAUUUUCCCUGCCAAGAGUGACUACAAGACGGAAAACGGCCGGCCAAGGCUUGGUCGCUUCCGUACCGCCAAGGAGCGUCUGGGUAGUCAGUCCCUGUAUGCCCAAUGGGCGGUCACUAUGCUUGUCUUGUCAGCUGUUAUCUAUUCGUUCUUCUUCUUCGCGCCGUUGACGUACGGUACUGGUUUGGAUGUGGAGGGCGUGAAUGCAAGGAAGUGGUUGGCGUAUGAUUUGCAUUUCGCCAAAUGA